AUAGCACAUGUUGUUGUAAAAACUAUCUUCAUACCGUUGACUGGAAAAACAAGUCGUGAUGAAGCUCAGCCAAGAAUUCCAGCAGCUAUGUCAUGACUAUGUCGUCUUCACCAAAUCCAUGCUUUUCAUUCUAGGGCUCAUAUUCAGCUACAAGUUAGUGGAGAACUCAUUUCUGAGCGUCUUGAUCACUCAUCUCACCGAUGCGUGGGGGGAGAAUGAGAAGGACCUCCGGAAAGCCGCCAUGGUCGUGAAUUUGCAAGAGGCAACGGGAUCGGUUUCAGUAGUUUUGUUCGUUUAUCUAGCCGAUGUUCAUACCGGCCGCUUCAAAAUGGUGGCUUUCGCAACUGCGUUUUGCAUCGCUGGAUUGUUGCUCAACUUUGCGUCAACUAGAAAUGAGGAUGAUAAGGAGGUUAAAUGGGGGCUAUUCUACCUUGGGCUGGGGUUAUUGACUUUUGCCCCAGCGGCAUUGUCAGUGACGCUUGAAGUGUUUCUUGAGGAUCAGCUCCGGCCUAAGGAUACCGAUCAACUCCGCCCUACGGAUGCCGAUCAGCAUGAGGAUCAGAGAAAUCAGCUCCAGCCUACGGAUGCCGAUGAUCAGCGUGAGGAUCGGAGAAAGCGACGCACAAACUUCUGGUGGAAAUUGGUUUCCUGUGUGGCAGCCAUCUUCUCUAUGUUUGGACCAUCAUUUAAUGCACAAGUAUUAGCUGGUGUGAUGGGGGUUUGCUUCUUAGUGUUCUUGUUGGGUAGCAAUUACUACCACCAUGAAAGAAAAAUCGAAAACCAAUUUAAAGAUGUCGGAAUCGUCCUCGCAAGAGCCUACAGAAACAGGAAUGACGAGUAUCCACAAGGAUCAUUCAACAAUGAAACGCAGAUCCCGCCCCGCCUUUGGGGGUUGAGGUGGGUAGACAAGGCGGCAAUUGCGCAUGGAACGGAGACAGGCGGUUGUAGUGAUGUACAAGUUGAAAAAGUGAAACGUUUGAUUAAGAUGCUUCCAAUGUGGUCUUGUUUCCUCACUUUAAGCCUGGUUGCUGCUUCUGGCAGCACCUUCUUCUUCGAGGAAGCAAGUGUUAUUGAAGACGGUGGUGUUAUAAACAACGAUAAUAAAAUUCUCAUCCUCGCCAACGUGGUUCGAUUCACAAAUUUUAUGGGGUCAGUAAUAUCCAAUUGCAUCAUCACUAAACUUAGAGACAGAAUGAAAUUCAACCAACAGAGGAUGGAGCUGGUGAAAAUCGGCAUGGGGAUGUUGUGUUGCGUGCCGUGCUGCAUCGUUGCUUGGCGGCUUGCAUCACUCAGGCGGAAUUACUAUAUUAACGUAUAUUGGCUAACACCACAAUUUAUUUUACUGGGACUAAUGCAAGGGCUCUCUGAAGAUGGCCUCGAAUCGUUUUAUGAAUCGCAGGCUAGUAAGAGUUUGUUGAGUUUUGGGCCGCCGUUUGGAGAGUUGGUGAUGGGGAUAGGUAAAUUUAUGAGCAUGCCUUGCGUUCUCAUCUUCAGCAUGAAAUCACUUGGAUGGUUCAAGAAGGAUAUACAUGCCAGUCGCCUCGACAAGUAUUAUAUUUUUCUGGCUGUUUUGAGUCUCCUGAACUUUGUGUUAUAUUGUUUUUUCGGGUGGUGGUAUCGAAACGACACUUUCCUAGCGAGAGACGAGGAAAUGGGUGAGCAGAGUGAAGUGACGAUCACUUUGGGUGAAGGUGUUGAGCCUCGAUCCGCUGAGGGGCGUCACGUCUCUCAGCGAUCUCUCUCUCGUCGAUUUGUUUCUAAGGGGAAGGAGAGCGACCGUGGUGAAGCUGGUAAUGCUACAGCAGAUAGGUCAGGAAUAGGGGAAGAAGAGGAAAGCGGAAACACAUGAAGAUCCACUCUUGGGCUCUACUAGUGAACACAUCUCUUAUCAAUCUGAUUCCAAGCCUAGUGAGAGCAGCUGUGGUGAAGUUACGGCAGAUGGCGAAGAAGCAGAGGGGGAAACACACGAAGAUCCACUCUUGGGCUCGUUGGAUAAGUCCACUAGGAAUACUACUAUGAAUAUUUAUGCGGUGCUGCUCGUAGUCACGUUGAUGACACGUCUAUCCUCAAGAGCGGCUCGCAAGCGCUCCAAGUCGAAGCAUGAGUAGGUAUUUUUGUUAAGGCAGUUCUCUGGGAAUACAUUAGCCUAACCUUAUAUUUCAUAUUUUUCAGACUUAAAUUUAUGGAACAUUAGUUUUAUUAUCAUCAUGUGAUAACUAGUUGAUAAUUGGAUUUUUGUUAUUUGUAGCAA